GACGCAGUAGUCGUCUUUAACAUUGUCUUCGUCUUUCGAAUUCCUGGAUCCAAACUGUGAAGAAGGGGUAGAGGGCCUCUGAGUGUACAGACGGCCAUGGCUUCCGCGGAGUCUAACCAUGUAGAUCACGUUGUAGAGCUUAUGGAGCGCGAUCCAUCAGCAUCGCCAGGCGAUGCUGAAGCGGUUUCAGAGCAGACAACCCCUCUGCUUAUCCAGGCCGAAGUGCCUAAGAUCAACAUCUUCACAGCUUCUUAUCCCAGGAGAAAACCCAGGGAUGAAGUAACAAGGUCACUUGAGUCAGAGACUUCGUCUAUGACUCAAUUCAUAUUGUGGGUAUGGAGUGGAUCCAGAUACUCUGGAUUACUUUGCAUGACCCUUACAUCUACCAUCUACUUUCUCAUGGAAGUUCUUUCCAAUAUUUUUUCUGUUCAGGCUAUACCUUUGUUUGAGACUGCUUUUACAAGAUGUACAAUUAUCUUGAUACUGUCAUAUUUGUGGUUGAGGAGGAGUGAACAGCCACUUUUUGGAACAUCCCAAGUUAGAACCAUUUUGUUUUCAAGGGCCCUUAUUGGUUAUAUGUCUUUGUCAAGUUUUGUAUAUUGCAUUCAAAGGUUGCCUUUCUCUCAGGCUGUUGUAUUAAAUUUAACAACUCCAGUGUUGACUUCAAUAAUGGCAAGGGUCUUUUGGCAUGAGAAGCUGACAAUUGCUGAAAUGGCGGGUCUUGCUUGCAGUUUCUUUGGUGUGCUCUUCACUUUCCAAGAAAUGCUUGCAGUACAAGGGCAUUUAAUUAAAGCUGAGGAAGGAAACAAUGCAAAUUCUAAUAGAACCAGUCAUAUAUUUGCCAUCUUACUUGGUCUCUUUUCGGCAAUAACUGGUGGGAUCUCCUACUGCCUUAUAAGGGCUGGAGCAAAAGCAUCCAAUGAACCUCUGUUAACCAUCUUUUCAUUUGGCUUGUUGGCUAGCCCUGUGACAGGGAUAUGUAUGUUUAUUUUUGAGGAUUUUGUGCUUCCAGGAUUUCCAUCAAUUUUACUUAUGCUUGUACUUGGUGUUCUGGCCUUCUUUGCUGAGGUCAUGUUAGCACGUGGACUGCAACUUGAGAGGACUUGUAAAGCUGCCAAUGUUUUGUACUUGGAGGCAGCAUUAUCCCAAGUAUGGAGGAUUCUGGCCUUGUCAAAAGUGGCUGCAUCUUUUGGGCAGCUUGUGGGAUGUUUUCUUAUUGUUUUUUCUUUUUGUUGCACCAUGUAUAUUGGACCUGACAAAGAGGACAUGGAAUGAUAGAUUUGAAUGAUUUAUUUGUCAAGCUGUUAGCGAAUUUUUGACCACCACAUCCAACUUGUUUAUUCAAAGAAUGUCUUCGUAAGGGGUUUCAACUUGUGCUACUU